CAGCCUCCAAUGACUGGCCAAGCAAGCACUUGGAAAUUAAUCAAACUGGAAUUCGGAAUGGUCGCCCCGACAAUGCAGUCGUCGUGUGCUCUAUACGUUUUGGCCAUGCUGUACAUAAUCUGUUUGAGUGCAGAGUUUGCCUACGCCCUGCACAACCCGUUGAUGCGCAAAACUUGCCUUUUGGGGCAGGAACUUUACUGCUACGCUCAGUUCAUCAUCUGCUGGGACUACAGGUGCAAGUGCAUUGAGAAUCACGUAUAUCUCGGGCCCGGACUGGGCUGCCUGUUCGACGAGUUUGCAUAAAACCAAUGCUGUGGGCUGCAUCACGAAUGGCAUAAACCAUUAAUAAACAAACGGCGGCUGUUUACAGGCUAAAC